AUGGCCAGAACUACCACCAACAAGCCUAUCAGCAAUGCAGAGGCUCAGAAGCUCUAUGCUCUGUAUGCUAAGAACAUCGAUGUCUGCUUCCUUCAAGUCACCUUCAGCGGUCCCGUUGGUGAACCUAUGGAUAUUCAUGGCGACAACAAGAGUGUGAAAAGCAAGCGCAACAUCACCUGCCACUCUGUCAGCAUGCGUACCUCGGACGGCAAGAACAAGGUCUGGGUUUACCGCGGUUCUGGAACCAAGUACCUGCAAGACACCUUCGAAGUUCCCGAUGGCACCAAGGAAGAGACUCUCAGAAUCAUGCUUGAGCGCGCCACUGGUCUGGACGCUGCUGGCAACAAGGUUGAGAUCACCACUUGA